CCGGAUUAUAUACUUUUUCCACAGGGACAUGCUCUCGCCACACUGCCACAUGAUGCCCAUGGAAUGGCCAGUAAAUGGCCUUCACUGGCAGGAUUUGCUAGUCGACUCUCCAGAGUGUGCUAUGCCAGACGAGGUCGCUCAGAUUGGGUUGGUGGUCGAAAUCGGUCGCCAACAGACGCUCUGGGCCCAGUUCGGAGUGAGAGCCCACUGCCGAGUCCCAGAGUGCAGUCUGAGGAAAGCCAUCACGGUCCUGAGGAAAGCCUCCGCCGCCUCUGCGUGGAGAGUAUCUUCUUUGUUGCUAGAUGAGCUGAGCAUGCGAAGUUGGCCACCAGACGUGGUGUUUUGGAGCUCUCUAGGAUCUGCCUACAGCGGUGCUGGAAAGUGGCAACUUGCGCUUUGGGCACUUUUGGAGGCACCGAGAGCUGCGCAUCUGGAGCCCAACGUGGUUUCAUACAGUUCUGCCAUGACCGCAUGUGAACGCGUAUCCUUGUGGGAAAUGGUCUUAAAUCUCCUAGUUGAAGCAGAACAGCUACCAGAAAAAGCAAAUGCGUUCUCCUACAGCUCUGCCAUUGUUGCCUGCGGGCAAGUAGAAUCAGGGUGGCAACGCGCCCUGGCUCUUUGGUCUCAAAUGAUAUCUGCUUCACAACCAUCUCCAAAUGUGGUUGCCUUCAAUGCAACCCUGACAGCCCUAGAGCGCGCAACUUGCUGGCAAUUGGCAUGUAGCCUGCUCGAGCAGUUUGAAGACCAGACCAGAUCCAACCUCCCCUUGACGCCAGAUGCUUUGAGCUACAGCGCUGUUGCUACUGCAUGUCCUUGGCCACUGGGUCUAUGGUGGCUAUUGAGGGCCAGAGAGAAGAGAGAACUCAAAGCUGGUCCCGGUCCAUGGAGCUGCCUAGCUCGAAAAAUGGGCCAUGACCGAGCCUGGCAAGAAGCGCUUCAGCUGCUGUCUGGUCCCAUCGAAGGAGACAGAUUGGGGGAAGUUUGGUGCAGCGUGAUGUGGGCAAUGGAGGUCUCUGGAUUCACUUCAGAGCCUCCAUUCCGAGUGCGACGUGACCGAGUGCACCAGUCCAAGGAGUUCUCCUUGUUGGAUUUCAUCGUGACGCGGGUCCCUCGCGGAGAUCUCUCUGCACUACUGGCGACAGUGAAGCGCUUUGCAGGUGAGAAGGAAUGGCUGAAGGUGGCUGGGGGGAGCAAGGCUCGCCUUCUACAGGCUGUUCUCCGACCAGGAGAUCGCAUUCUGGAGCUCGGAUGCUUCGUUGGAUUCUCAGCCUUGCUGAUGGUGCAAAGGCUCAGGAGACUUGGAGGCGGUGGCAAGGUUAUCACCUGUGAGGUUAAUGCAGUGAGUGCUUUUGUGGCUCGAGAACUGAUUCGAUGGGCUGGUGCUGAAGCAGAAAUUGAGGUCAGAGUCGGACUGGCAGGUGAUUGGAUUGCCACUGGUCAACUUGGUGUUCCCGAUGUGGUGAUUUUGGACCACCGUGGAGCUCGCUAUCAUGAGGACUUGUUGGCGCUGGAGCCGAUGCGAGAACACGCUCGAAUCAUUGCUGACAACGUGCUCAGCCCUGGAGCGCCUUUGUUCCUGAACUUCGUGGAUGAGCGCUAUGCCAUUGCUAUUCACGAGGUAGAUGAGUUUCUUCGUGCACGUGCAGAUUGGGACUUCUUCACAGACCCGUGCAGCCAGUGCCUGGUGAGUUCCUGGGCUUUGCAGCUGAAAUUGAUCGGUUGUGUUGGCGCAGCAGUCUGAAAGCCGGGCGAGUACAACGGCAAGAUUGGGUGGACCUGGAGGAGCAGCUGUCACCAGUGCUGCAUCAAUGGGCGUCAAAACGCGGCCUUUUGAGCUGGA